UCAUCGCUCAUUCCGGUGGCUGCUACUUCCCCAGGCUUGACUCGUUGCGCUCCUGACGAGUGACGGUGUAACUAGUUGCCGCCAGAAGCACACCGCCAUUCCUCUUUCACCGGCGUAGGAAUCGAUGGCUAAUUCUCUUUGCUGUCGGGGUCCUCUCCUAAGGAGUUUCUCCGGGCUCCGAUUGGGUCAUCAGUUGCGACGGGGAGCGACGAAGAAUAAUCUCCUCAACGGCAGAUUACCCUCCUGUACCGCACGGAAUGAUCGAAGCUCCUUAAAGCCGCACGCAACGCGGUGCGAGGCGUCAGAGACAUCAACCAGCUCCAGAUCGCACGAAGCGGGAGCGAAUUCACGGCUUCCCCUGUUCGGUUCUCCCCAUCGUCCCAUCAUUCAGACUCCUGCGUCCAACACCCCUCUGCACGUUACCAGGGCUCGCAGGGGCUUCCUCUCGGAGCUGCAGUCCAUCAAAGACGAGGAGAACGUCGCGGGACCCAUUACAUUCGAGUCCCCUCUGGACAUAGUUCUGUACCCGGACCCGCGCCUGCGAGCGCCCAACAAGCGGGUGAAUGUCUUUGAUGAGUCGCUGCAGAAGCUGGUGGCGGAGAUGCUCGACAUCAUGUACAGGACGGAUGGCGUGGGGCUGGCAGCGCCGCAGGUGGGGGUGAACGUGCGGCUCAUGGUGUUCAAUCCAGUGGGGGAGAGGGGCAAGGGCGUGGAGAUGGUGCUUGUGAAUCCGCGCAUUGUCAAGUACGCCAAGGCGCGGGAUGUCAUCGAGGAGGGCUGCCUCUCCUUCCCUAUGAUUUACGCCGAUGUCGAGCGGCCAGUGGGUGUGAAGGUGGAUGCUCAGGAUAUCAACGGUCGGAAAUUCUCUAUCAGCCUCAAGGAGUGGCAGGCGCGCAUAUUCCAACAUGAAUAUGACCACUUGGAGGGGACCCUUUAUUUUGACCGAAUGACUCCAGAAGUUCUUGACACUAUCCGCAGCAAGCUUAUUGAGUUGGAGGACAAGUAUGCUGAAGCCACUGGUGCUCCAACGCCCGAGUCGGUUGCCAAGAGACCAACUGCUGCCAAAACCACGAGCCCUGAUGUUGCAUCGACUCUUUCCCCAUGAUUUGUGUUGGAGAUGCAAUGUUUUACCCUAGCUCUUAUCUGAAUUACAAUGUGUGAUGGAAGGCUGAGAACUCUGGGACUGUAGCAGUAAGGUUCACGGUAUAAAAGGUUCAGCGAACUCUGUCAGCGUGUAUCGAGUAUACCCUUUCUUAGGAAUUGCCGAGCCAACAAUUUCUCAUUUCAAAUCGCCUGAUACUCUUGUCAGCAUCUUUCCUGGUCAGGCGCUGGCUUAGGUCCGGCCAGCAAUAUCUAGGUCGGUUUUCAGCAGUUAUCUUCUAACCUAAGUUCCGUUCCUUACCACCAGUCCGUGUUUUUCCGUAGCGUGAUGGGUCCGGACGAGCGUCGCGUGGGAAAGCGCGAGGAGGAGGAGGAGGAGGAGCGGCGGGGGGAGGAGGAUCCGUGGGACGAUGAGGAGUCGAGCGACGAGGAGGAGGGGGAGGAUCGGCGCAAGUGGAAGCGGAACAUGCCGCUGCUCUACGACUGGUUCGCCAACCACCACCUCGUCUGGCCGUCCCUCUCGUGCAGGUGGGGUCCGCUCGUGGAGGACCGGAAGCACAAGUACAAGCGACGGCUCUACCUAUCCGAGCAGACGGACGGCACAGUGCCCAACACUCUGGUGGUCUCCAACGCCUAUGUGGUCAAGCCACGUGUCGCUGCCCCAAGAGACAUCUGCCGGUUCAAGUACGACCGGCGGUCGCCCUUUGUGCGCAAGUUCAAGACGAUUGUGCAUCCAGGGGAGGUGAACCGCAUUCGGGAGCUGGUGCAGAACCGCAACAUCGUCUUCACUCACACCGACAGCCCCGACGUGCUCAUGUGGCACGUGGAGCGACACCCCUUCUGCACGCCCUCCUUCAACACGCCCACCUCAACCCCGGACCUGAUCCUGGUGGGCCACACAGACGAUGCAGAGUUCGCCAUGGCAACGAGCCCCGUUGCUCCCCUAGUCAUCAGCGGUGGGAAGGACCAGAACGUGUUGCUGUGGAACGUUGCCGACCAUGUCACAUCGCUGCAGUCUUCUGCUGCCCUCCGCAAGCCCCACCCCUCCUCCAAGGCAAAGGCUAAGCCAACUGCUCCCCCCUCCUUGGCUUCCCGCCGUGCCUCCUCGCCCCCCCCUUCCUCUCGCGCCCGCCCUGACUCCCCUGCUCGUAGCGGGGGGAGAGGGGGGGGAGGGGGCGGGGAUGGGGGAAGUGCAGCAGGGGAGGCGGAGAAGAAACGGAAGCGGGAGGAGGAGGGUGAGGCGAAGAGGGAGGAGAAAAAGGAGGGGGAGAAGGAGGAGGGCGGAGGGGAUGGGAAGGAUGUAGAGGUUAAAUCGGAGGAGGGCGAGAAUGGAAUGGGGAAGGACGGGGAGGGAAAGGUGAAAGACGGCGGAGAGGAAGAGAAGGAAGGGGAGGGGAAAGAGAAGGGGGAGGAUGAGAAAGUGAAGGAAGGGGAGGAGUCGAGGGAGGUGAAGGGUGAGGAGGAGAAGGUCCCCGAGGAAGAGGGAAAGGCUGCAGAGGAGGAAGAGAAGAAAGAGGAAGGUGACGGGAUGGGCAGUAAGGGGGAAACGUUGAAUGAGGAAGCAGAAACACAAGUAGGGGCUGAAUCAAAAGAGGGGAUAGAAGCAAAAGCGGAAGUAGAGACAAAAGAGGGGGCAGAGGCGAAGGAGGGGGAAGGGGCUGGAGAUGAAUCAAAGGUACAACCCAAGGGGACAGAGGGCGAUGUGGAGAUGACUGAUGCUGAUGCUGAUGCUGCUACAGCUGAUGCUGCCGCUACAGCAGACGCUGCUGCUACAGCAGACGCUGCCGCUACAGCUGACGCUGCUGCAACAGCUGAUGCUGGUGGUGCUACAGCUCUUGCCGCUGCUACAGCUGACGCUGCUGCAUCUGAUGCUGAUGCUGCUAAGGAUGCGGUCGGUACUAAUGUUGUUGCUGAUAACGGGGACGCUCCUUCUGUAACUGGCGCUAAUACAAAGGAGGAGGCAGUGAACAAGGAGGAAGGAAAGGGAUUGGAGGAAGGAAAGGGAUUGGAGGAAGGAAAGCAAGCUGAAGCAGGGGAAGAGCAGGAGACAGCGAAGGAGAAGGUAGAGAAGGAGGAGGACGGGGGGAAAGAGGAAGAGGCAGGGAGUGAGGAAGAGGCAGGGAGUGAGGAAGGAGUGACACCCCUGGCAGGGAGGGAGGGAGGGAAGGAGGAGGAGGGGAAAGAGGGUGAAGCAGGGAGGAAAGAGGGUGAUGGUGAUGCUGACACUCCUGACCCUGCUGCUCCUGCUGCUGCCGACGCGGACAAACCUGCCGAGGCGGCAAAAGAGAGUGAAGGCAUGGAGGUGGAUACAGCAGGGGGAGUAGAGGUUGAGGGAGAGAAGGAGAAUGAUAAUGCAGGGAAGGAUAACGCACGGGGGGGUGAAGCUGAGGGUGGCAGCAAGGAUGACAAGCCGGAGAAAGUGGCCAAGGAAGGUGAGGAUACUGAUAACAAGAACGUCAAGGCAACCAAGGAAGAGAAGAAGACUGACGAGACACCAUCAACAGGAAUGGUUAUCGAUGAUGCAACUGCUGGUGGUGGUGGUGCUGCUGCUGCUAAAGAUGACGCUGACACAGACGCCCAUACUGCAGGGAAGCCUGCUGCAGCACCCCGCCGCUCCCCCUCCCCCCCAAUCAAGCUGGGCGAAGCCCCCAAGUCCUCCAGCCUGGCGCCCCGCGGGGUGUUCAAGGGGCACACAGCGACCGUGGAGGACGUGUGCUUCCACCCCUCGCACUCGCAGCAGUUCUGCUCCGUGGGCGACGACGGGAAGCUGCUGCUGUGGGACGCCAGGACAGGCGGGGAGAAGGGCCCGUGCCAGCGGGUGGACAAGGCGCACGAUGCUGACGUGCACUGCGUGGACUGGAACACGCGGAACGAGCACCUGGUAGUGACGGGGGGUGCGGAUAAGAGUGUGAGACUGUUUGACGUGCGGAAGCUGGGGGGCGGGCCGGUGGGGAGGGCGGAGGGGGAGGGUGGUGGGGGGGCGGAGGGGAGGGGGAAGGCGAAGGCGGCGCAUGUGUUCCGGGGAGGGCAUAGAGCAGCAGUGCUGUCCGUGCAGUGGUGCCCCGACAGCCCCUCUGUGUUCGCCAGCUGUGCAGAGGACGGCCUCGUCAACAUCUGGGACUGCUCCCUGCUGCACGUGGAGGCAGUCAAGUCAUCUCGGGCUGACGGUGUGCCGCCAGGGUUGCUAUUCCAGCACGUGGGCCACCAGGACCGAGUGAUAGAAUUUCAGUGGGCACCAAAGGACCCCUGGACGUUUGCAAGUGUGUCAAGCAAUGUGAACAAGAGGAGGGGAGGAGGGACGCUACAGAUGUGGCGGGUUCUGGAUCUUAUUUACCGUCCAGCUAAAGAUGUCGUUAUUGACCUUAACCGUUACGUCUAGUAACCUUCUACUAAACGUAGGAAAUAAUUUCGCUGGUAGGUGUUGAUUUCCAGCUUUUGGCUGGAAGCCCAAGCUAAUUUACUAACGGAUGUGGGUGGGAUGACAAUGUUGUCAACUUAUACAUAUUAUCUAUGUAGAAGUUAUAGGCUAGACUGAGACUCCCUUACCCUGAUACAUGUAUGUAUCUUCGAUAUGUGAGAAGCGUCAGAUAAGAGGGCAAUCAAUAUCGGAGAUGUGC